CCUGCCUGCAGCAAAGCAUCUCAGAUGAUUACAGUCAUAGUUUGGUGAGCUUGAUACAGUAGGUCUCAGAUUUCAUGCAGGUAUUGUCUCAAGGGGAUAUGCAACCAAAUAUUGACUUUGACACGGUGAUAUUUUCUCACAGACCAGUAUUUUUACAGUGGGUACAUACUGUACAAGUAUAAAUUAUAAUGACUGGGCCGAGCACAACACACGUCUUAGUUCUAAUACAACCACGUCUACCCAGAGAAUUAUUCAACUAUGACACGUAUAUACUCGUCUUUGACGUUACAUGCGUCGCACAUCCAGAUUUCUCGACUAUAGAACAAAAAAAAGAACUGUUAUGACUUGAGAGUCCCACUACUUUUGGAGGAAAACGCGAAACUCCCUUUGCUUUGCCGUGCAGUAGGAUAGACGUCGCGUUGAUCCAGGUCUUCCUUGCCUGCAGGUGGAGCAUUUUUUUUCCCCUUCCCUCCCGUUUGCUGUCGCCAACCCUGUAUUCCUCCCCCGAUCCCGACUUUCUGGCCUAUGACGUAAGGCGCCGUUUCCUUUUGCCGACUGCAGGACAACAACUGGGAACAGGAGAGAGAGAGGGGAAAAAAAAGUUUCGGCAACUCUCAGGCGACGAGAACGAGUAAGGAAAAAAAGUUGCGCCUUGGGCUCUGAGUCGGCUCCUCGGAACAGCAGGGCCGCCCGAUGAGGGAUUGGUGAUGGAUCCCAGGAACGACAUCCAGCGGAGAGGCGGCGGCGGCGGGGCGCACACCGGGGUCUUCCUCGGCGGGUCCCCGGCUCUGACCGGCGCCCAGUCCCGCCGGAGGAAGAUGCCGCCCCGGCCGGCCGACUACAAGCUGCAGGUCAUCAUUAUCGGCUCCCGCGGCGUCGGCAAGACCAGCCUGAUGGAGAGAUUCACGGACGACACCUUCUGCGAAGCCUGCAAGUCCACCGUGGGUGAGGGCAUGACCGCCUCUCGCCGUCUCGAUGGGAGCCCCUGGUGUCUGUUGUCGCUACCGGCCGGAGUUGAUUUUAAAAUCAAAACAGUAGAGCUAAGAGGAAAGAAAAUCAGGUUACAGAUCUGGGACACAGCUGGUCAAGAGAGGUUCAACAGCAUUACCUCUGCCUACUACAGAGGUGCCAAGGGAAUAGUAUUAGUAUACGACAUCACUAAGGAGGAGACCUUUGAAGACUUGCCCAAAUGGAUGAAAAUGAUUGACAAGUACGCUUCGGAAGACGCAGAGCUGUUACUUGUUGGGAACAAGCUGGAUUGCGAGACGGACAGAGUGAUCUCACGACAGCAAGGGGAGAAGUUUGCUCAGCGGAUAUCUGGAAUGCGAUUUUGUGAAGCAAGUGCCAAGGAUAAUUACAACGUCGACGAGAUAUUUCUAAAACUCGUUGAUGACAUUCUAAACAAGUUGCCUCUAGAAAUUCCGAACCGGGAGCUGUCGAACAGCAUCCUCUCCCUGCAGCCUGAACCCGAAGUUCCCCCUGAGCUACCCCCACCUCGCCCCAAUCUGAGGUGCUGCUGAGGCCUUCGUCGCCCAUGUGUCUGUUCCACAGUCGAGCUGUGAACCGUUCCUGCCGGGCGUGGGCAGAAAAGACCGGGCUGGGAGAGCGUUGAGGGGGCGAAUCCGUUUAUCUGAAGUUCUUUCUUUCGUUUUCAUACCGUACGAGACGCAAUACAACGAUACCUACGCAAGCACAUACCUUAGCCCUGCUCUCUACCUCACGGUUAGUAACACAGUGGCUCUGAGAUCCCACGAAUGCCUUCCCAUUCUUAACUGCUGUGUGGCUCAGAAAAAUCGUUUAUACCCAUCGGAAGCUAGAGAGCAUGUCCAUAUCGCUGUCUCGUAAGCCAGAGAAGCAAUUUCUGGAGAGGUUUAGUUCAGGAUUUUAAAAUACUUCUGCUAAGCAACCUACUGGCAGCUGUGAGUGUAAAUUGCUAGAGUGGAGACAUGCAGGUGCAGAGCCUCUCUCUCAGUCAAUGACCUUAGUCGCCUUAAAGCUUGAAAAAUCACAGUAUUAUGACGGGCAGCGGUAUUCCUAAUCUGUAAAGUCAACGUGUCAGUGAUAAUCUGUACAUUAUAGUACAUGCUGUAUUUACAUAAAUUAAAUGUAAAUGUACUUUUUAGUCCCUCGGAGACAGUCUUGUUUUAAGGGAAAAUUUGACUGACAUGUUUUCUGUGGUUUCAGGAGUGCUUUCAGUUUGUUUUAAACUAUUUUUUGCCUUACAAUACAAUGGUAUUUGCUGAGCAAGCUGGCAUGAAUGGUUCCAUUUUUUUCCCUGUUUUGCACUACAAUCAGUUGAGACUAGUUUGGACAAGGUAUGAGGGCAUCGCAUAAGAAACUACAUGCUAACUAGUAAUGUGUAGUGCUUAUUUGCAGCGCUAAUACAUAGUUUAUUUUGUGUCAGGAUUUUUUUGUGAUCCUAUCCUUUGAGAGGACAACAGUAUUACAUGUUUGCAUACAAUAGCAGGUGGGUGAAUAUUACAGCUAAGUUUAUAAAUCUUUUUCUUUAUUUUGGCUAAACAUUAUUCUGAAGAAUGUUUGGGAAAUGCACUCAAUGUUUUGGAAUUCCCCAUUUUGGACACUAAGCUGAAUAUAUGGUGAUAUUUAUUGACAUAUUGAAAAGGGAUAUACGUCAAGGCCAUACUAAAACGUUUUGGGGUUCGUAUCAGAAAAUUUCAAAUUUGAUUUUACAACUUAACUACACAUUUUUCUUUCUGUAGGUUUCCUGCAAUUUAAGUAAAACCGAUCAAAGUCAUACAGUAUUAAAUCUGCGUUGAUUAACUCAUUGUAGAGUUCAGUUUAGAGAAUAGUCUUUUAAAAUAGUUUGAUGGCAUAAUAAGACUGAUGUUUGACUGAUAAGCACUUCUUGUGCGUGACUUCCAGUGGUAAAGGAGUUUCUUACAUGAAGGUAAUUUGAAACUUGGUGAUUUUGGUUUUGUGGCAGCCUACCUGUGUCUUAUGUGCUUCCUCAUUUAUAGAACUAAAAAAUUAUAAUAUAUCAGCAGGAUUUAUAUGAAUACAGAACAUUUCUAGUUUAAAAAAGCUUACCAAUACAUUUGCAUCAGACCUGGGGCUAUUCCUUCUGGGACUUUGAGAUUUGUUCUGUCAUUAUAUUAUUCUUCAUACGUCACACCAUCAGUAAACAAAUCGAAAGGUUCAAGCCAGUCAUGUGCAGCCACUCUACCCCAACGUGAAAAAUGUGAACAGGCAAUAAAUGCAUUGUUACAUUUUAAAAUGUAAAGCAUAUACAAUAUUAAAGUACUUUGUAUGUGAAAGAAAGAAGCUUUGAAUUUACAGUGUGUAAGAUUACAUGUGUGUAGAUUAUGAAACUGUGUUGAUGUAAACAUGUACACACUACAGUGUACUGAAUGUGAUGCUCUGCUCUCCUUUGUGGAGUCUGGACUAACUGUAAAAAGUAAAACUCUGUACCGCACUUACAGAUUAAGUGCUUUGGUAUAACCUGUGUCACUUUGAAAACCCAGUUUUGUUCUGUGCAUUUUGUUUAAUGCAAAUAUUGUAAAGGUAAGCCUUUCACUGUUUCUCUUUAUAAAGUUAACUUUUACAGAAGUGCAUUUAAAGUAUUCUUCUCAUAUUAUAAAUAUAGCAAGUUUCAGACUGUAAAUUGAGAUACUAAACAUUUUAAACCCGAUAUAAAGCAGGUUUUGUUGGCAUGUUCUAAGAUGUUUUUGAGGUAUUUAUAACUUGUGGCAUUCUUUAACUAAUGAAGUGCAAAUAAAAUUUUAUAUUUAUUACUCAGCA